AUGCGGCGGCUCGACGUGGACGCGUUCGCCACGAGCGGGAACGGAAGCCUCGCCUCGCUGGACAGGCCGGCCGUGCUGGCCGACAAGCUCGACUGGCUUCGUCACGCGAUGGAGGCCUACACGGGCGCUCCGUUCCUCCCUCAGGCCGCCCUUGGUGUGGAGGACGUGGCCCGCCAGAGCAUGUUUGAGCAGAUCUACAAAUCUGGCACCUGGCAGCACGGAAACGCGAGCCUGCCCCUCUCGGGCACCGGCUCGACGGCGGAGGCGUCCGCCAACGCCCGGAUCGCGCUGGCGGCUGCGCUCGGCCGCACCAGGGCGAGGAGCGUGCUCGACGCGCCCUGCGGUGAUUUUACGUGGAUGCGGCUGAUGCUGCCCACCUUUGCGCGGCUCGGCGUCCACUACACCGGCGUCGACAUUGCUCGGCCGCAGAUCGCAAGGCUGCAGGCGGAGUUCGAGGGCACGGCGGGGGUCGAGUUUCGGGUGGGAGACCUGGUGGUGGAGCCUCCGCCGCGCGCGACCGCGGGCCUCAUCUUCUCGCGCGAGAUGACGCAGCACCUCAACCCGGAGGAGGUGCUGCGCGUGCUGCAUCACUGGUCGCGCAGCGGGAGCAGGUACCUGCUGCAGACAACCUACCGGCUUAAGGACGGCUCCAACCGCAACUUUGACCGCGUGUCGCGCGGCUCGCACUCGAUGAUCGACUUUGAGCGCGUGCCGUUCAGCUUGCCGCCGCCAAUCGCCUCGUGGGUCGAGGACGACACGCACACACACACGGAGCGGCUCGCGCUGUGGAGGUUGCCUCUGCAGACGCACGUGUACGGCGUCGCGGCCGAGGCCGGCACCCAAUAUGUGAGCAACGCGAGAAGGGGGGAACACGAACAGACGUGA